ACCAAAUAACAAAGUGUACGGAGAGCAGAAAGCGAAGGACAUGUAGCUUUUAAACACCUUCCCUGGACCUCCCGGACGCCAAAAUGAAGCGAUUAGGGAAUUCCUUGUUGCUGUGUUGCCUUGUUAUCCUCGUGGACGCUUUCCAAGAUGAGGAAGUGAAAACCCCUGGGUUCACUGCAGACAACUUCACCACCAUACAAUCAACAAUCUCCGACAAAAUAGCGGAGAAGAACUUGGACUCCACUGAAACUUCUAGAAAGCUUAAGUGUUUAUGCACCAACUGUCCCUCCAAGGAAUGUGAAACAUACGGCCAGUGUUAUGUCACCAUCAUACAUGAACUGUCUGGAGAAAGGCGGAUUUAUAGGGAACAGGCGUGUUUGAACAAAAGCAAGCAGUUUCCUCCUGGUAGCUCAUACAAGUGCCGAGAAGGCCACUCCAACAAAAUAUACAAAAGGAUGAGAGAAGAGAUCUUUUGCUGCCGUGAUGCUGACUUCUGCAACCGGCAUGUGACACCGGCCUCGGGGGGGCUGGCCCAGCCUCAGCCCACACAAGAGGCCCCCCCGUGGCUGGAGCCUGGUGAGAAGGGUGGGGAAGUAGCAGUACAAGGGCCACCAAUGCGCUACCUGCUGCUGGCUGGAGCCGUGGUAGUGUCUUUGCUGCUCACUGUUGUUCUGGUGGCCAUCGUGUGUUACUGGCACCAUCACAGGCCACAGAAUGAUCGGAUUCGGCGAGGUUUCCCAGACGUGGAAUCUAUUUUAGACCGCUCUGAGCUGCCUCUCAUGGGUCCACACACUCCUAUCAGGGACAUCAUUGAACUCACUUCUAGUGGUUCGGGUUCUGGCCUACCACUGCUGGUUCAGAGAAGUAUUGCCCGUCAGAUCCAGCUAAUAGACCCCAUAGGGAAGGGUCGGUUUGGGGAAGUGUGGUGUGGAAGGUGGCGUGGAGAGUUUGUGGCUGUGAAGAUCUUUUCAUCAAGGGAUGAGAGAUCGUGGUUCCGGGAAGUGGAAAUUUACCAAACAGUGAUGCUGCGUCAUGACUGUCUUCUCGGAUUCAUUGCAGCUGAUAAUAAAGACAAUGGAACGUGGACUCAGCUGUGGCUGGUGACAGAUUAUCAUGAGAAUGGAUCAUUGUUUGACUACUUGAUGCGGCACACAGUAGACACAGCCGGCAUGAUCCGCAUGGCUCUGUCCAUUGCAACUGGUUUGGCACACCUUCACAUGGAUAUCAAUGGAAAUAAAGGGAAGCCUGCCAUUGCUCACAGAGAUUUGAAGAGUAAAAAUAUUCUUGUUAAGUCAAAUGGAACAUGUGCAAUAGCAGAUUUGGGUCUGGCAGUAAGAUAUGACUCUGUCACAGACACUAUAGACAUUCAACCCAACAACAAGGUUGGGACAAAUAGGUAUUUAGCUCCUGAGUGUCUUGAUGAAACAUUGAACAUGAACCACAUCGAUUCAUUCAAGAGGGCAGAUGUGUAUGCACUUGGCCUGGUGUACUGGGAAAUUGCCCGGAGAUGUAACACAGGUGGUGGAUGUGAGGAUUACCAGCUGCCCUACUAUGACAUGCUCUCCAACGACCCCUCCAUUGAGGAGGUUCGUAAGGUGGUGUGUACAAAUAAGCAGCGGCCGGUGAUUCCCAACAAAUGGCAGUCCUGUGAGGACCUGCGGGUGAUGAGCAAGUUAAUGAAGGAGUGUUGGUACCACAAUCCUGCAGCGCGUCUCCCAGCACUGCGCAUCAAGAAGACCCUUGCCAACCUGGGGGCUCACGAUGACCUCAAGUGCUGAACGGAUGAAUCAGUGAGAGGAGACAUGUUCAAGUAUUAGUGCUUCCCUUCAUGACCCUUGUGCCAUGUAAGGGGCAUGCACAUAGAUAUGUGUACAGUCGUAUGUUUGCUUGUGUUUGUGUAUGGGUGGGUGUACGUGGGGUGGGUGCAUAUGUUCUGCCUGCAGCAGUGUUGGUACACAAGUUUAUAGUUCUUGUGGGCAUUACAUUAUAACUAAAAAUAAUUAAACACAGCAAAUAUUAAAGAGAAUUAAAGAUAAAUAAAAAAAAGGUGUGUGUGUGUGUGUGUGUGUGUGUGUGUGUGUGUGUGUGCGCUCAUUUCACCAAUCGUGGAAAGACUUGCAGUUGCCAGGGAAAUGAGUGCAUAUGUCCCCAGUCUCUGGCAGGCUGUUGUUGCUUUUUAUCAUAGAUCCCACAAUUAGUACAGUGAGAUGUGCACUCAUUCAUCCAAAUUGCAGGUGACAGUGUGGCUCCAAAAUUUUCAAAGCAGCUUGACAGAUUUUCACAAAUCUUUAUAAACAGUAUCAGUUGAGGUUCAACUCAUUGAAUAUGUAUUAACAUUACUCAUUGCUGCUUUGUGUAGAUGGUGUAUUUGUGUUUUAAUCUAUUAUUGCCAUAUUAAUUUACAGAGAUAAAAGUAAGUCACCCAGUUAGCUGUAAUUUUGAAAAGCAUUUUAAAAUCAUGCCUUCAUGUAACCAUUUCCUCUCAUUCCACACAUGCUAAGGUGAUGUUCAUUCCUCAUAAUACUUAGUUCAAUUCUUUUACUCUGAACCUGAUCAUCAUUUCAUCCACACCUUCCAUAUAAUCAUAAAAACAAACCGUCAGGGUCGCUUUUCCAUAGUAAACCAAGAUAGUGGCCAUCACAAAAUUAAGUAGAUGCCAUUCCUCAUGAUUCUGGUCGUGUGAACUUGUGCAUACGUUACUUUCCUCUCCUGGCUGUUAAAGGGACAACCAAUUGCCUAUCAUGCAGCCAUGACAUUGGUAACACAGACAAAUGGUUGACUUUGUGUGGAGGCACACAAGGUCAGUACUAUCGACUACAUUUCUCAGUGUAAUGAGAUAGGAUGAAAAAGAGCUUUGAUCUAUUGAUCAGGUUUGUAGCAUUGUUAAGUUUGUUGUUUCCAUUGGUAUGUGAUGGUAAAUUGAAGUUUUAUUACUAAUUUAAACAGUUUAGUGAGAUGGUGAAGCAGUUUUAUAAAAAAAAUUACCUGGAUUGGAAACUAACCCUCAGUAGUAAUUGAUAUUACUGCUAAUGUUAGAAUUAUUUACUUAUUAGCUGUAUUAUUUAGUGCCAAAGCUUUAUGAGGCAGCUUAUUUGAUAGGUCAUGGAAUAUAAGUUACAGUUUCAUGAUUUUCUAUAAUGAAGACAUCUCAAAAUAUUGGUCACCUACAUUUAAGCUACAUUGAGGCUUGAGUUAUUAUUCAGUAUCUUAGGACAGCUACACCUGCUUUGGAAAAACUAAAUUAUUAUGCCACACAUCUUUAGCUUCGUCAGUCAGUCAGUUCAUCAUGUAUAUGUAGUUAUACACUGUUUUGCAAUUACAUAUUCAAAUGAUGCAAAGUUUGAUCAUUCCAGCAUUUUUUUUUUUCAUCAAUUUAUCAUAUUGAUUCUCUUCUGUUUUGUAGUUCACAAGAAUGUGUUUGUAGUUUACUCUUUAACAUUUGUGGCAAAUCACAAUACUCACAGAUACUAAUUCACACAAUUCUCAUUAGUGUUUAAUUUUGUCAGGAAAUCUUGUAACAGAUGAGUCUUGUAAAAAUGGUUUCAUGCAUGGAUUUCCCUCUGAACGUUGAGGAAAGCUUUUCAAAUGUUACUUCAUUAAAAUUUGUUGCUUAAUAGUGAUAAAUACCAUUAACAGUGCAGAAAAUUGUACAUCCUAUGCUGUAAUAAGUAGAAUAUAUACUUGUCCCCCCAUUACAGCAUGAUUAAAUUACGAUACAAAAUUCAGUAUUGUAAUUGAGUUUUGUAUCUUCAAUUACUGUUGUGUAGAGGAAAAUUCCCAUCAAGAUUACUGUCAAUGGAAUGCUAAGGUUAUCUCAUUAUUUUUCAAGGUGCAUAUAUAUAAUACAGAAAAAAAGAUGAAAAGAUGGAGCUUUAUUAAACUUGCACAACUAGAUUCAGUAAUGUUUGUGGUUGUUGAUACAAGACUGGGAAGAGAUGUGACAGAUGCUAAGGUUAUUUGUGCCAUGUUUGAAGAAUCAGAUGACUUGUGUGAAUAAAAAAUAUGAAGGUGCAUUAAAAGUGGACUUGAAAUUUAAACUGGACAUAAGCAAAAGAAAAGAAGAUGUACUAGCUUCCCAGAAAUUGAAUGACAAAAAAAAAAAGUAAAUAGAAAAUUACCCCUAAAAUAAGUGCAGAACAGUGCUUGGAAUACUUAAAGAGAUAGAGGAAAGAAAGAUGUGAGGUUAAGAAGGAUGGAAUGUAUGGAUUUGUGUAAAUGAGGACUUGUCUCUCAUGGCUGCCCCCAUCAAGGAUGUUCCAAGGAACAUAUGUGAGAGUAGAUUAUAUUAUCUUGUGCAUUAGAAAAUGUACCAAAAAGUUCCUAUUGUUUACUUAUUCACAUCAAACACUGCAUUGCAGCUUGAAUGAAAGAUCUCUAAAGAUCUUACUGAUUUAUUUAUUGGUUGUUUUUAGAGGUGUUGAUGUACUACACAUGCAGAGAUUUGCUACAACCAUGAGAGUAAUCCAAUAGCCCAUGUCUCCAACACACACAAAGAAGCACUGGUGUUGUUGAAGUGUAAGAGAUGUGUGAUGACUUUGUUUGUCAAACACUUGUUACUGCCAGUAGUAGUAGUUGCAAUCAUAGUUGAAAAAUUCACAUGAAAAUGUGAAUUGUCCAUUUUGAGAUGUACCUUCAAUAUUUUCCUGACAACAAAGAGUUAAUAUAAAACAAGAAAACAUUUGUCUUCACAUGUACAUAAAGACAGUUUCAAAAACUUUAUUACUUUUGCUACUAACAAACCUACGUGUAGAUGUCACUUCAUGACUUUUUUUUUUUCUGAAUAUUAUUGCCUUGGAUCUUUGGAUCUCUAAGAAAUAGCUAUGCAUACAUAUGAUUUGAAGUUCACCAGUACCAGUCAUGCUGUAGAAAUGUUUUGACAAAAUAAGCAGUAAGAUAAUUUUAUCUGCAAUAACAGGAAAAUAUAUGGACACAACUGGAUUAACAUAAUAAAAUAAAGUGUGGAGCACACAUUCAACAAACAUUUGUACUGAAAUACAUAUUUCUAAUGCAUACUUGUUGGUACCAAACAACAGCAAGAGUAAAGUAUGUAUCACACAUCAGUAAAGUGGCAACCCUAACACCAGUUCAGGUUUUCGGUGAUUUCUUGCAGUUCAAAUUAACGAGUGGUGAUACCUCACGUGUAAUUGAUGGAGUGCUGAAUACAAUAUUGCAGUCACUUCAUAUCAGAUACCUGCUCUUACCUUGACCUUUGAGAAUGUGACAGUAACGGGUAUGUCAGGAAGAGAUCAGUAUCAGGAGCAAGCUUGUGGUGUGUUCGAGGAUCAUCAUGGCAGUGUACUGCCUGAAAACAUUAUAGAUUACAUGUAUUUCACUACUGUAGAUAAUUUUGAUUGAAGCAGACCUGCAAGUAUUUUAACAUGUAUUGCCUAAGUCUUGCCAAUGAAAGUCAGUGAAAUCAUAUCCAAUAAUGAAAGCUUUCAUAAAUGAGUUAAUUUUGGGUUCAAAUGUAUAGCUUGCAAAAAUAAUGUUAUUCAGUCAAAUAAACAUUCUGAAAACAAAUAUUAAGUACACAAAUAAUUAAUGAUGAGGAUACAAGUCUAAAAAAUUAAAGUUUUUGGUGCGUGCAGUCUGUUUAUAGAUACUGUACUGGAACCAAGCUUGGCCAAAUUUAAUACACAUGCAAGAGUGACAGGUGUAGCAUCUAAGCAAGCCAUUUCCUCCAAUCACCUAGUUAUCUAAUUAUGCUGCUGGUAGACAAGAGCUUAUGUUCAUGGAACUGACAGCAGUGGAUUAAUAUUACAUGACGUCCCCAGGAACCCAAGGGAUCAUCUUUGAAUGGUUGGAGGGUGAUGUGUAUGUAGCCUACCAUGAAACUGUGUUAUUAUAUGUUGACCAAUGUGGAUAGAACUUGACUUGCCCAUGUGCAAAACUGUUAUCAAACUGGUUGGUGUAUAACUGGAUAUUUAUGUGAUGUGAUGUUUCUUGACAUUUUGGUUCCUGUAUGAAAUAUUUGUAUGCUGUAUGGUAUGUGAUGUUAACUCUUGAGGAAAACUUUUUAUACCUUUGUAUUCAUAACUUUGUAUCGUUUCUUUUAUUUGUGUUCCUUUGUAUUCAUAACUUUGUGUUGUUUCUUUUAUUUGUGUUCCUGAGAUAUCAUGUUGUCAUGUGUGAUGUUCAUGUGAUUUAUGUUUCUGAAAACAUUUGUGGUGUGUGCUAUUUGAAAUACCUGAGUAAGAGAUGUUAAUAGAGAAAAAGAUUCUAGAAAUGUUCACACUCUAAAUUAGCUUUACAAUAGGAAUUGUUGUAUUAUUAUUAUUAUUAUUAUUAUUAUUGUUAUCAUGAUUAUUGAUUUACUAUUUAUAAUACUUUUUUUUUUUUACUGGAUUUAGCUUUUCUUUUUAAUAUGAUGAUGCAUGUGUCAUGAAUUUUAUACAUUAACUGUGAGGAACAGUUAUUUAGAGUGAAUGGGUGUGGCUGCUAAGAGUGUGGGAGUGAAUGUGCACUGCAUAGUAUUUGUGUGAGCAGUUGAAAAGGUGUGUACUCUAUAAAUCCAGCAAUUUUAAUGAAUUUAUUAGUAUAAUUUCUUACCUGUUAUUUCAUUGUGCUAGGUAGUCUUGAUUUUUUUUUUUUUUUUUUUUAUACUUAAAUGAUUUAACUAAUGAAGCUGAAAUGAUUGGUGAUUGUUCCCCUGGUAACAGCUCAUUCUUAAUGCGUCCACGUGAUAUUUAUUAAGUAACUCAAAUUGUCGUAAAUCACAACAUUCUGACUUGGGGAACUAGUCACAAAACCUUGAAAUAGUUUACAUUUUAUUAAUUGUGUUUUAUAGAAGAAAAGUUCACCUUUUGUGUUGCAUCUACCAUAACAUACUAUGACCUGUGCUUGUGUGUAAGCUAUUUAUGUAUGUUGAUAUGGACUUGUUGAAUGCAGUGUUGACUUACAACUGCAGGUUGUGUAAUUGAUAUCACUGAUUUGUAAAGCAUCAGUGACAGGAAGAAGGAAAGGUUUAUCUUUCUCACAUGACUUAUUGGUCAAAUAAUUUUUCUGUAAACCUCAGGAAGACAAUGUAUUAGAAAAAAAAAAAAGCCUCAGUUAUAUUUUUGAAUCUUUUGAUGAAAGUUCAACAUAGCAUAUCACAGACCCUGCUCUGCUACUUUUGUCAUCUCUGGACUUGCCUAAUAUUUAUGGUUAGGGAAUAUGAUUUCUUGGGUAACAAAUCAAUGUUUGUAUGUACUAAUGCAGUGUUGAGACAUGUCUGUAAUUGGGUUCAUUUAUUUGCUUUAUUCACCUUAGGCUUAUAUAGUUACAGUAAACAAGUUUAUGGGGUCAAUAAGUCUUUGCACUGUGAUAACAAUGGCCAAUGUCCAAUAUUCUAAUAACUAAAUGUAUCUGGAAAAUUGGUCUGUACAGCAGUUGGAAUCUAAUAAGUUCACCUAUCACCAACCAAAAUUAUUCCCAUAGCAUAUUAUAAGGUAUCAAAUGGUUUCUUACCCAUUCUUAUCUUUUUAAAACCAGACAGUUUGGCACUUAAUUAAAAAUGGGUGUUGGCUGAUUGCAGGCAGAAAAUAGAUGUAUUUAUCAGAGGUGACCUUGGUGGCCUCAUGAUAGAGUGACAAGUUAAAGGCCUCGUAUUGUGUGUGGUGAGGCGAGGCGUGUGGGCUCUCAACAGUUGUUUAUUUGUUGGGAAGGUGUCCUUUUAGCUGUUUUGAAUGAUACUGUAAUGCCCACUGUUGAUAUUCUGUUCCCUCCCUGCAUAAAGAAUAAAAUAUAAACAAGAUAACUCAGAAAGUGGAUCACCAGCAUGUGACCCAAUAGGUAUUUAGAUAUUAGUAAUGAUUGUCCAUUAUCACAAUGCAGCUGCUCAUCCUACCUCCCUCCCCCUCCCUCAGGUGCCACAAGUGUCUGUGUUCACCAUAUUCCCUACCUACACACAGAGGUCAAUGUUCACUGUUUGCCAGGUAACCCUGUUCCCAAUAAGCUCUUUUUGUAUCAUGCUGAUUCCAACUACCUCUGUGUCAUGCCAGUACUGUACACUGGGAGGUACAUACAUGAAAUGACAGCUGGGAGAAUCAUGUAUACAUGUUUUAACAUUGUCCUCUAAUACUUAAUACUACUAUACUGGUCAGAUGAUAAUGACUUGGUUUAUUAUUGCGCUUGGUCCAGAAUGACACAAUUAAUGCUUGUAGAAUGCAAAGCUUCUUUGCCUCUUGGCACUUGUCUGACUUGCAGGGAUAGUACUAUGGAGUUUAGGUUACCAAUUAAUUGUUCUUGGCAUCAAAGCCAUUACAUAAGAUAAUGGAUGACCUUAGUUAAGUGCAUACUACACACCCCAGUCCAACAGUUACUUUACACCUUGAGGCAUAUAGACCCUGUCCUGCUGGCCUCUAUUUGUACCAUGUUAAACUUAACAAGUAACCUGAAGCAUUCACAAAGAGAUGUUAUUUAUUUAGAAUGAACAUUACUGCCCGUCAGACCAAUGCAAGAUUAUGUCUGUGUCACCGUUUCUUUGUGACUGACAGUGCAAACUGUUUCAAGUGGUUGUGGUUGUGUGUAAACUUGAACUUUACAUUGUGUGUCUCCUCAAGGAGCAACCCAUCUGUGUGGCUUAAAGGAGUGGAUGAUUGUCCUGUUGUGGGAAUGAUACUCUGAGGGUCAUGCACUAGUUAGGGGAAGCACAGUGCACCGAACACUCUUCGGUUGACUGAGAGGAAGUUUGUAGUCUGACAACAAGGGUGUGAACAGUUUCUUCUCAAAGAUGUAUUAGUUCAAUUUAUUGAGUAAUAUGAUUGAUCAUAGUCUGUGCAGAGCUUGAGGCACUUCUUAUUGCAAACUUAUACUGUGAAAUCAAUGAUAAACUAAUUGGUUGUAAUUGAUGUAAGGAUACAUGUCCCUCUUGCAUAUUGUGUAAUAUUUUCCACAGCUUGAAAGUCAGAAAACAACUCUGGAAUGGAAAUUGCACAUUUUCAACCGCCCUCUUCCCCUGCCACUGCCCCUGCCUCCUUCCUUCCUCAGAACACUGUGCGGCGGCCUUGGUGCCCCUGACGAGUGCUGAGUAUGCCUCCUGCAUGUCAGAGCUGUACAUUGCAUAUAGCGUCCUGUCGUUAAUAUUAUCAUUACAACUAGUCAUCAUUACGCCUACGGAAGGUCAUGAAGUACUCGGAUAACUGUAUCGAUCACGUGCAGCCUUUCUACUGCACUGUUUGUUAAAUACAGAUAUUUUAUGAU